AUGUAUUCAUUUCAACAUUUAUUGUUACUCGAAACAUCAACUCAUGAACUUCUUCGUCUGCCUACCGAUGCUACUUUGAAGAGUUUCGAAGAUGAACUCCGUUCAUUACAUGUACGCUCAGCUGUCGGUCAUCUAUGCACAUUGAUCACUCGUGAAUACGAUCUAACUACUCGAAUUCCGUUAAAUGUCUAUCGAACAUCUAUGCGUACAUGGUUCAUUCAUCUACAAUCAUUAGCUAUGGUACAGGGUAAUAAUGAAGAACCGAUGCAAUACAUACUCGAUUUUUUAACCUAUCUACCAGUGUAUGUCGGACAAGCAAGACUUAUUCAAGAAAUCGUACUUGGACCACUCGACGAUGUGUUCUGGAAAAGUGGAGUAAAUGCAGUUAGUGCACGAACAAGAAUAUGGAAAUUGGCAGAUGAAAAGCAAAGGAACAAAUUAGAAAUUUGGGGUCAUACACUUGAUAUCAACGAGUGGAAGAACAGCAGUAAAUGGUCUGGACAAGAUUACUCGGUUGAAGACCAAGUAUCACUUCUUGAGCCAUCAGAGAAUAGAACGAAUUCAAGUGAGACCAUUGUUCAAGCUAUUCAUGAUAUGUUAAGAAUCCAUGUUACUUUCUUCACAGACGACACUUAUAUGCCAACAACAAUACCAGCUGCAGCGCCGACUUUAUCCACAACUCCUCAAUCACAUUCAAAUCCAAUUGAAGUCAAGAGCAAUAACGAAAACGGAUCAGCUCAAGCUGCAUUUGAACAUAUCGAAUCGAUUCGUCGAGGCUUUGGUGUCGAUAGUGGUCUCGAUUCGAGUGGUCAAUCGAUUGUCAAUAAUCUUCAAGGAAUGAUCGAACGAAGUUUACAAAAAUUAUCCAACGAUCUCUAUUCGGAACAGGGCCAUUUUGUUUUAGAACUCAUUCAAAAUGCCGAUGACAAUCAAUAUGCGUCUGAUCGUUUGCCAACACUUCGUUUUGUUCUAUCAGAUAAACGAAUUUUAGUUUGUAACAAUGAAAUUGGUUUUCAACCGAAUAACGUUGCCGCCAUCUGUAAUGUGGGUGCAACGACCAAAGGCAAACACAAACAAGGCUAUGCUGGACACAAAGGUAUUGGAUUUAAAUCAGUAUUCAUGGUAUCCGAUCGUCCUGAGAUCCAUUCGGGUGACUAUCAUUUCUGUUUUGAUACUGUUGAUGGUACUCAACAAAUUGGAUAUAUUCGUCCGAUUUGGUUGGAUAAAUGGAAUGAAGAAUUAUCGACUGCUAACGAAUGGACAACGUGCAUUUGUUUGCCGAUUCAACGAGGUAGUCGACUUCAAGAAAAUUUUGACAAUAUUCAAGCAAAACUAUUACUCUUUCUCAAUCGUUUACGACGAAUUGAAAUUGUGGGUCAACCGAUAAGCGCUUCAAACAGUGAUCAAAGUCGUAUUUUUACUAGAUUUGAUCAUGCUGAUGGAAAGAUAAUUGAGCUACAAGAAAAGACAGUAAAUGGAACAAUUAUCAAAAAUUUUUGGCUCGUUGUCAAGAAAGUUCUGCAAGUGCCCCAAGAUAUCAAGGAAAAACUACGCGAAGUCAAAUGUGACGUUCAUUCGACGACAAUUGCCAUUGCUUAUCCACUCAGUGGCCUUCAACAGUCGGUUCAACAACUUCCAUCGGCUCAACCUCUCUUCGCUUAUUUACCACUCCGUUCGUAUGGUUUUCGUUUCAUUCUUCAAGCCGAUUUUGAAAUACCUGUCACACGACAAGAAAUUCUUCAUGAUAACAUUUGGAACGAAUGGCUCAAAUCCGAAAUGAUUCAACUUCUUCCUUUGGCCUAUACACAAUUUCAAAAUCUACCCGAUCUUCUCACAUCAUCGUUGCCUGAAUCAGAAAUUGGCAGUCCAUUAACAGCUAUUCAAGUUUUAAUCUAUUUUCUUAAGCUCAUUCCGACUCGCAAUGAACUCGAUCCAUAUUUUAAUUCAUUCGUUGACAAGAGCAUGAAAUUACUCAUGGGUAUUAUCAAAUUACCCGUAUCUCGAGAAGAUGAAAACGGUCAAAUGCAUAUCGAAUGGGUUCAAACCUCACAAUGUGUCCUUGUAAAAGAUCCAUUCAUACGAAAGAUUCUUCCUCAAGAGUUAUUAUUAACCCAUUUCAAUAUGUACUACGUACCUGAACAGUUGGCAUCGGAAUUUGCUCAGUGGUUGCUCUGUAUCGAUUAUAUCCUUCAACAACAACCAGAAAAUGAACAGUCACGUGGUAGUCACAAUGAAAGAAUCGAGACGACAACAAUUGCCGAAUUAAAACAACUGAAAAUUAUUCCAUUAAAUGGUCAGUCGCGAUUAGUAUCCAUUGAUGAAUAUAAUGAACAAGUGAUACUCUUUCCAUUAUCGAAAACGGCCCAAUAUAAGAAACCGUUCAAGAUCGUUCUCGAUGAUUUACCCAGACUUGACGAACGAUUACUUGAAUAUAUUGAAAAUAAAUGUCCACGACGGUAUGAAUCAAUCGAAUGUCUACUUAAAAAACUCGGUAUGAUCGAUAAACCUAAAAUUAAGGAUAUCUAUCGACUAUACAUGAGGCCAACACUUUUGGACUCGACUCGUUGGUCAACGAAAGCUGAUUCUGUUCUCAUUGCUUAUCUUCUAUGUAUUUAUAUACAUUUUGAUCAAUUUAAAAAUGAACUUGAUCAAUUGCAAAAGCACAUGGUUAUCAAAACACGUAGUGGUCAGUUUGUUUGUCUUGAUACGCCAGAUCGACCAUUCUAUCCACAUGAUCCUGAUAUUGCCAAUGUAUUAGCAAAUAUAUUACCGAUUAUUCAAUUACCCGAUAACAAGACUGUCGAGUCAACCGAAGAAUCGACUCAUACUGUUGAAUUCCAUACUGCUACUAUUGCUUGUUCAAAUUCUACUGUGGUGGAAGUAGCCACAUUUCAACAUAUUCAAAUCUCAACUCUAACUGGUUCAAAUCUCUAUCCAUUGUCACCAUCUUCAAUUACAAUUAAUCCGACUAGUAACAUGGUCGAUAAUACUAUUGGUCGUCAAGGUGAAGAACUCGUUUUUCGUUUUCUACAAUGGAAACAUCCAAAUAAACAUGUCGAAUGGAUGAAUGCUAAACAAGAAUCAGGUCUUCCAUAUGAUAUUCAAAUUAGAACAAAUAAUGAGAUUGAAAUGAUUGAAGUGAAAACGACACGGAUCCAUGAUCAACAUACGUUUCAAAUAUCGAUCAGUGAAAUUGAAUGUCUACUUAAAAAUCCAAUGCAUUAUCAUAUUUAUCGAGUGUACUAUUCCGACGACCCUGACUCGACGAAAAUUACAAUACUCAGCCAAGUGAAAUAUCAUUUGGAAGAGAAACAGCUUGCACUUUGUAUGACCAUGAUGCAACGAGCCGAUGAACAGUGA